UUGUAGCGUACGUUUGGAGCCCGAUUUCGUCGAAGUUUUGCGCAUGGUGUUAGUGUCAGAUCAAAACCGCUUGGAUUUUUAGCAAGCCUACUUUCCCUCGCUGCCACGAUGAGGGCAGACUGGUGGAAAUCCGGCAGUGUACUUGCCCUUGGAUGUGUUAUAUUUCUGGCUGCGCUGCCUUGCACGGCGAUCUUCGAUUCUCGGUCUGGUUGUGAUGCUGACACAUUCCGCUGUAAAUCUGAGCUGGCUCCGGGAGAACAGUGCAUCUUCAAAUCCUGGGUCUGUGAUGGAGAAAUGGACUGUCCCGAUGGGGAGGAUGAGGAACAGAACUGCGCUCCGCCCACCUGUGAGGUUGGUAAGUUCCAGUGUAAGCACCUGGCUGUGUGUAUCCCUGAGGGGUGGAAGUGUGACCAAGAGGAAGACUGUGAGGAUGGCUCCGAUGAGGACCCACAGCUCUGCAUCACUUAUAAGAAAAACAAAGGGACACGACUCAGAGGUCUGUAUAAUACAUGUGGUGGUUCACCGGAUGAGUUCCACUGUCUACCCAAUAUGUACCAAUGUCCGGGGACAGAACAAUGCAUUCCAAUAGAAAAUAUAUGUAACGGUGUUACUGACUGUGAUAAAGAUAGUGCUGACGAAGGGGCUAUUUGCAUGCAUCAACAGGGGUCGUCCAAUUCCAGCUGUGAUAUUUUGUCGUGUGAGUUCGGGUGUAAAGAAAGCCUUCAGGGGCCUCUGUGUUUCUGCGAACUGGGGUUUGCCCCCAACGGAACUUCAUGUAUCGAUAUCGAUGAAUGUGCCUACGAUGGAUACUGCGACCAGAUGUGUCAGAACUCUGUGGGGUCGCACACCUGUUCCUGUGCAUCUGGGUACACAUUAAGCGGAAAAAAACAUUGUGUGGCAGGUAAAGAUUCAUGGAGCACAUUACUGUUUACGAACACAUUCAGCAUCCAGCAGACAAACUUGGAUGGAUCUGCAUUGACACCACUGUAUUCCGUGUCAGGAAAAGAUAUCACAGCCAUGGAUUUUAACUACAGGAACAAAACCAUUUGCUGGAUAUCAAGGACAGAGUCUGUACAGAGCGACUGGCGCCAUCAUCACAUGACCUGUGCAAAGGUUGAUAACCCCAGUGAGUCCUGGACCAUACGAACCCAGUCAAGCGUUGAUUCUGUUGACCAGAUGGCCUACGAUUGGCUGACUGGAAACUGGUAUUUCACAGACCAUGGGAACUCGCGAGUGUUUGUUUGCACAGAAUCUGGACAACGUUGUCUGACAGUUAUCGAAACUAAUGUUACCAAACCAAGAGGUUUAGCGCUGGACCCCCUGAAGGGGUAUAUGUUUUAUUCGGACUGGGGCAACCAUCCUAAAAUCGAACGAGCUAACAUGGAUGGCUCUGACCGCCAGCCAAUCAUAACGCAGAAGAUUAUACAUCCACGAGGAUUGGCCGUGGACCUGACCAAUCAGCACCUGUAUUGGUCCGACGCUUACUUGGAUCAUGUGGAGAGAUGUGAUUAUGAUGGGAAAAACAGAAAGACUGUAUUCCAUGGACAGAUGGCAGAGCAUGUGUAUGGUGUGUCUGUCUUCGAGAACUACCUCUAUCUAGCCAAUCAGCAUAGCCAUGAGAUUUUACGAGUUCAUCGUUAUCCGCAUGCCAAGUUUUCUCCGAAUAUUCUUGCUCGUAACUUAACUCGCCCAACAGCCAUUCACGUUUUCCAGAAACUCCGACAGCCAGACGUUCCUGUGAAUCCUUGUUCGAACAACGGUGGAUGUGAACACUUGUGUUUUCCUGUCCGUGUGGGGGAUCAAUCCCAGAGGAAGUGUGCCUGCCAGGCGGGAUUUCUGAUCGUGAACGAGACACAGUGUCAAGCUGCGAAUGCCUCACAGUUUCUGCUGUAUGCUAACAGUCGCCAGGGCAUCAUCCACGGCAUUUCUCUUAACCUCAACCAACCGGGGGAACUCAUGACCCCAAUAGAAGGCCUUGACCGACCUCUAGGUCUGGCCUUUGACCCUAUGGAUAAGGUGAUUUACUACUCGGAGAUUGGAAAGUAUCAUAUCAGCAAGCGGACCCUGAAUGGCAAUUCAAGUCAAGUCGUACUCAGUGAAGGGAUUACAAGCGUGGAAGGCCUGGCUAUUGAUUGGCUGUCACGGAAUCUCUACUGGACAGAUGACGGGAAGAAAACCAUCAAUGUGGCCAGACUGCAUGACUUUUCAGUUCGUCUGGCAAUCAUUGAGGAGGAUUUAUCACUUCCGAAGGCAAUCGUACUAGAUCCUGUGGACAGGUAUAUAUACUUUGCCGACUGGACCUCUCAACCUAUCGGCAGUAUUGGUAAAAUUGACCGAGCCAAUCUUGACGGAACAGAUAGGAUGACACUUGUCGAUAAAAAAGUCCAAUGGCCUAGCAGUUUGUUUCUCGAUCAUGCGAAAAGGAAGCUCUACUGGACGGAUGUUUACAUUCAGACAAUCCAGUGUAUUGAUGUGGACAAUCCCACCAAAGUUAUGAGUGUUUUAUCCUCCGAAGCCAUUUCCCGCCCGUACGGAGUGGUCAGUGUUGGUAACAUGAUCUACUGGACAGAACUUGCUCAAGGUCACAUUAAUGCCUGGGAUAUGACCUUGAACCAAACCCAUACACUGAGAUUAGACAAUGCCCCACUUUCACUAAUCCUUGUCGAAACAAAAGUCCCUGAAGGUUCUAGCAACGGGUGUUCUGUGAACAAUGGAGGAUGCAGCCACUUGUGUAUUCCUGACCCCGACGCGAAAGGCAAAUGCUUCUGCCCCGUUGGACUAAGGUUGACCGCAGACGGUUUGACAUGUGAAAUCAUACCUGGUGUGACCCCUUCUUCUCACAUAUGCGACCACAACACAAAGUUUGAGUGUGACGAUGGCAGCUGCAUCAACAAGAAGUACAAAUGUGACGGCAAAGUGGAUUGUAAGGACGGCUCAGAUGAGGACAAGGCCACAACCUGUGCAAACCACGACUGUCGCGAGAUGUUCAAAUGUGAAAGUAACCAGUGUAUAAACCCGUCGUGGCGAUGUGACGGGAUGUUUGACUGCCGUGAUGGAGAUGACGAAGACAACUGUAUAGGAAAGACCACCUGUCCACCUGACCACCAGAACUGUAACAAUGGCAGGUGUAUCCCUAAUCAGUGGUGGUGUGACCAUGAAGAGGACUGUCCCGAAGGAGAGGAUGAGAAGAACUGUACUUCUUCGUAUGGCACUUGCAGCACUGAACAAUUCAAAUGUGACAACCACCAGUGUAUUCCGUACGCCUUCAGGUGUGACAGGGACAGAGACUGUCAGGACAACUCUGACGAGUUUUUUUGCCAUUAUCAGUGCGACUUCCGCUGUAAGAACAACAGCAUGUGUUUCCCGCUGGCCUAUGUCUGCGACGGAGACUUAAACUGCGCAGACGGGUCUGAUGAGGUGGAUUGUCCUGUUGUCGUUGGAGGUUGCCAUGACAACGAAUUUUCCUGUCGGAAUGGGGACUGCAUCCCGAAGCGAUGGCGGUGUGAUAGGGACCUGGACUGCUCUGAUAGUUCCGAUGAGUUUAACUGCACAAAGUACAAUGUGCCCGAGUGUGCUAAGAAUGAGUUCCGCUGUAAGAGCACGGGUCGUUGUUUGCUAGACAUAUGGAAAUGUGACAAGGAAAGUGAUUGUGAAGAUAACUCAGACGAGGAAGGCUGCACGUAUCAAGCUGCGUGUAGCUAUCCCAAACGAACGUGCAAGAACAACACCAUGGUCUGUCUAUCCCCUGAGAAAAUGUGCGACGGCAGAAAUGACUGUGAAGAUCUGUCGGACGAAGGGGGCCUAUGUGCGUAUGACUUGUGCGCCAAUCACGACUGUAGCCACAAAUGUUCCCGAGCCCCCGACGGUUUUAUCUGUACCUGUCCAGAUAACAUGAAGCUGAAAUCCGACAACAAAACAUGCAUAGACAUUGACAUCUGUGAGACCUGGGGUAUAUGUGGCCAGGCUUGUACUUCUACCAGGGAUGGCUACAAAUGCACAUGUCAUGAAGGGUAUGAACUGCAAGAUGGAUAUUCCUGUAAACCUAUCAAUCACAGCGACACGUACAUCAUCUUCUCUAACCGUCAUGAGAUACGACGUGUAGACCCGUUCAAUAAGCAGACGGUGUCACUCGUCUCUGGUCUCCAGAACACCAUCGCCCUGGACUACUGCUACAAGAAACGCUGGAUCUUCUGGACUGAUGUUGUGGAUGAUAAAAUUUGGAGAGGAACAAUGAUCUCGAAUUCUGUGACCAACAUCCAGCCCAUAAUUGACGUCGGCCUGGCAACCACAGAAGGCCUGGCCAUUGAUUGGAUAGGAGAGAACAUCUACUGGGUAGAGAGUAACCUGGAUCAGAUUGAGGUGGCCAAACUGGACGGGAGUAAUCGCACCACCCUGAUCGCAGGGGGAAUGGUUAGCCCUCGGGCUAUUGUGCUGGACCCAAGAGACGGUGCCCUCUUCUGGACAGACUGGGAUGGGCAAGAUCCCCGCAUCGAAGGCUGUUCUAUGAGUGGCGAGAAUCGGAAAAUCGUCUUCAACAUCAGUUCUAUACCCAGUGGAGGCUGGCCCAAUGGCCUCUCCAUCGACUAUGACUUCCGAAGAUUGUACUGGAUCGAUGCCAGAUCGGAUUCCGUGCACACCACAAAGUAUGACGGCUCGGAUCACCGCCUUAUCCUGCGCGGUCACCCUCACCUGUCUCACCCGUUUGCCAUCUCUUUGUUUGGGGUUUAUAUCUACUGGACAGACUGGAGGACAAACUCUCUUGUUAGGGCUAACAAGUUUAAUGGCUCUGAUUCGGAGGUCAUCCAGAAAACGAUAUCGCAGCCCUUUGAUCUUCAGGUGUACAGCUCCCACAGGCAGCCUGAUGCACCAAACCCAUGUGCGAUAAACAAUGGAGGCUGCUCACAUCUCUGCCUGCUCAGCUAUAACAGUAUGGUUUGGUUGCCGAUGCCCUCACUCAAAAGACUCAUGCCUGACAAGAAAACUUGUGAAGAUGACAACAAAUUCUUGCUGUUUGCGAAACUGAGUGAAAUUCGAGGCGUUGAUCUGAAAGAUGCUCAUUUCAACGUGAUUCCCUCAAUCACAGUCCCUUAUGUGGACCGUCCUUCAGCGGUGGACUACGACGUUAAACAUGAGCGGAUUUACUGGACGGAUCUGGGUCUAGAUUCCAUCAACAGUGCUUUCCUGAACGGCACUGGAUUUGAGACAAUCAUUGAUACAGGCAUUCCAAGCCCCACAGGAUUUGCUGUAGACUGGGUAUCCCGCAACAUGUACUUCACCUCCAACAGCACAAAAGAAUCGAUAUCUGUAGCAAAUCUCAAUGGAGCAUAUCGAAGAGUGCUGAUUGCUGACAAUAUCACCAGCCCUAACUCGCUGGCAGUCCAUCCAGAAAAAGGGUAUUUAUUCUGGUCAGAUGACGGGGGCACAGAUCACAAGAUCGUGCGGGCCAGUAUGGACGGGACAAACCCUACUACCAUCAUGGCAGGAGGAAAGGUCAAAAGUCCAGGCAGUCUUACAGUUGACUUGAAGUCCAACAAACUCUAUUGGAUUAAUAAAGAAACCAAAAACAUCAGCUGGUGUGACUUCAACGGUGAAAACCUGCGGGAGCUGAAAAUCCCGAGCCAUGUGGUUGACCCCGUCACGAUAACCGUGUAUGGACAAAGCCUGUUUGUGGCCGGCAAGGACCUGAUUGGCCAGCUGGAUAUGACCAACAUGGUCUUCAAGUCUCUCCGUGACAGCACACCUGGGGUCAAGGCCAUGCGGGUGUACGACCCUACAGGGCGCAGCUCAGGACAAUGGAGGUGUGCCCAGCUGUGCCUACCUGUACGGGCCUCACAGAGGGUUUGUAAAUGCACUGCGGGAUAUCAGCUCAUGGCAAACAACAGAAACUGCACAGGUAUCAAGUCUUUCCUGAUGUACUCCUUCGGUACCAAGAUUCAGGGCAUCUCACUCGACCCGACUGACACAGUGCUGGAAGGGUUACCUCCCAUCUCCAAGAUCAACAUGGCCAGUGCAGUGGAUUUCUAUGCCAAGGAAGAUUACAUAUACUGUGACAGCAGCUCCAGAAAAAUCUCCCGGAUCAAAAGAGUAACAAAAAGGGAGACAAUCAUCAAAGAUGGACUGAGUGGUGUGGAGGGACUGGCUGUUGAUUGGAUGGCAGGUAACAUCUACUGGACAGAUCAUGGUUUACACACGAUUGAAGUGGCGCGACUCAAUGGCUCCAGUAGAUACGUCCUUCUCCAUGGCAACAUGGACAAACCCCGUUCCAUUUUACAUGUUUUUGGGGCGAAUUGGGGAACGGGGAAAAUUGAACGUUCGCACCUGGACGGCUCUAAUCGCACAGCCAUUAGAACAAGAUAUUCAGGCUCCAAUGGUCUGACUGUCGACUAUGAGACGGAAACGCUGUACUGGUGUGACCAGCGCAUGAACAAAAUCGAGCUGCAGUCUGGAUGGUGAAAUCGCAAAAUUCUGGUUACCAAUGUAACCGAUUGUAAAUCACUGACCUUGUUCCAGGAAUUCAUUUACUGGAUUGAUACGACAGACUUACAGGGCUCAAUCAAGCGUGCAAACAAAAUUGACGGCUCACAGAUUACUGUAAUGAGGCAAAACUUGGGGCAGGAUAUCAAAGAUUUGAAAGUUUACGAUCUACAGAGGCAGAAAGGGUCCAAUGCCUGCUCCGAUACAAAUGGAUGGUGCGCAGAGCUGUGCUUGUACCGUGGCAGUGGCACCAGAACCUGCGCGUGCGCUUACGGGAAACUUGACAAGGACGGUAAAUCCUGUAAAGAGUUUGAUGCCUUCCUCCUCUUCUCCAAGGUCGUUAGCAUUGAGAGCGUCAGAGUGUCAAAAGAAGUCAACCCGAACGCUCCUAUCCCCAAAAUAGAGAACGCCACGAAUAUGAGGAAUGUGAUCGGCCUGGCGUACGACUACAAGAAAAAGCUGGUGUUUUUCAGCGAUAUUCAGCGUGGAGACAUCCAGCAAGUUAACUUUGACGGCAGCAAUUUUACAGUUCUUAGUAAAAGGGUGGGCAGUGCGGAGGGUCUGGCCUAUGAUCAACACACUCAGUAUCUGUACUGGUCCAGCUAUUCCGAAUCAUCGAUCGAAAGGUUGAAAGUUGACGGAGGCUCUGAGAAGGAGCGUGUCGUAAAGCUGCGCUCUGAGGACCAUCCUCGCGCCAUUGUGAUUAACAGUUGUGGAUCCCAGUUGUUUUGGACAAAUUGGAAUGAUCGUUUCCCAAGCAUCCAGCGUUCAUACAUGGAUGGGACGAACAUCAGGAACAUCAUCACCACGGACAUUCGCACCCCAAACGGACUGACCAUUGACCACAGAGCUCAGUCGCUGUACUGGUCAGACGCUAGACUGGACAAGAUCGAACGCUGCGAUUUCAAUGGCAUGAAUAGAGUGGUUAUUCUGACGUCCAUUCCACAACACUCGUUUGGCCUCGCUGUCUACGGAGAUUUUAUUUUCUGGACGGAUUGGGUUCUGCGUGCCGUCUUGAGAGCAAACAAAUUUGACGGCUCCGGAAUUACACACCUUCGAAAAGGGACACAGCGGCAGCCAAUGUCCAUCAUUGCUGUGGGAGAAGAUGUGAACAACUGCCACACUAACCCAUGCCACAACAACAUCUUGGGAUGCCAGUAUAACUGCACAGUGGAUGUUUUGGGGCAUGCCAGCUGUACUUGCCCACUCGGUCAGAUCCUCCUAGCCGACAAGAGAUCCUGCUCAAUGGAAUUUAUGCACACACUGUGCGAAGAGGACCAGUUUGUUUGUGGGACUGGGCUGUGUAUACCAUACCUCUUGACCUGUAACAACAUUACCAACUGCCCGAACAAAUCAGACGAGAACGAAGAUUUCUGCAAGUCAAGAAAUUGUCCGUCACAGUAUUUUACCUGUGCCAACAGGCGUUGCAUGGAAGAAGAGAAACGCUGUGACAACGUGAAUGAUUGUGGAGAUGCCAGCGAUGAAUGCGGUUGCCAGAGUGAAGAGUUCCGAUGUGACAAUGGGAAUCUGCAUCAAAGAGAUUGUACCUGUGACAGAGAUAUUGACUGUAUCGAUAAUUCAGAUGAAGUGGGCUGCAAUUUGACAUGCGCUAACCUGAAGAUCAAUGGGGAGACCCUGGAAGGCUUGGUGUCCUGUAACACGACCUCCGCCUGCAUCCUGCCAAGCUGGAUCUGUGACGGCAACAAUGACUGCUGGGAUGGGAAUGAUGAGAAGACUGUACCAAGCCAAUUAAGUCUCCGUGCUCAGACGGUGGUUUUUCCGUGUAAGAGUGGUAACUGCAUCCCUCAGGGCUGGCAUUGUGACAAGGACAACGACUGUGGUGACAACUCUGACGAGGAAAACUGUGAGUACACGUGUGAACCUCGGCAGUGGCAGUGUAAGCGAGACUCCACCUGCAUCCCGAGUCCGUGGCGAUGUGACGGCCACCCGGACUGCCUUGACAACUCGGACGAGGAUGAGUGUGACUUGAGCUCGUGCAGCGUCGAUGAGUUCCGCUGCAACUCGGGACGCUGCAUUCCGCACCUGUGGGUGUGCGAUGGAGACGCAGACUGUGAGACCAAUGGGGAAGACGAAAGCCCGGAGAAUGGCUGCUCUCCUGUCAACUGUGACAAAGACGAGUUUAUGUGCGCAAACAGGAGGUGUAUCCGAGCUAGUUUUUACUGCGACCAUGACCAGGACUGCGAAGACGGCUCUGAUGAACCCGAAUCCUGUUUCACAGGUAAUGCUAGUUGUUCAGUGCACGAAUUCAGGUGCGACAACAAGGAGUGCAUUCCCCGCUCGCUACGAUGUGACGGCAUGCCCAACUGUCGCGACCACAGUGACGAAAACAACUGCACCACUGCACCGCCACUACCAUGUGCCACCACCAACACUACUGUCUACAAGUGCAAGAACGGUGCCUGUAUUGAUGACAAGCUGGUGUGCAACGGGCUCAACGAUUGCGGAGACUUCUCAGACGAAAGUGAAAAAUGUGGUAAAAACGAAUGUAAAGGCAUCCGCCCUUGCGUUCAAGUUUGCCACGAUCUGAAAAUUGGAUACAAGUGCAGCUGUUACUCAGGCUACACCUACAACGUAACUUCUAAAAACUGCGAUGAUGUGGAUGAGUGUCUUGGUAACCCAUGUGACCACUUUUGCCAGAACACGAUUGGUCGGUUCUACUGCACGUGUGCAGAUGGGUACAAGUUGGAUACAGAUGGUAGAUCCUGUAAAGUUGCUGACAUGGCCACGCCUCCCCAGAUUAUCGUGUCAAACCGCUACUACAUUCGUAAGAUGAACUUCAGCGGAUCAACCGUGGAGCUGAUCACAGAUCGAUUGGAUAACGCAGUCGCUGUUGACUUUGAUACCACACACAUCUACUGGAGUGAUAUAACAACGUCUGUCAGCAAAAUCUGCAGGAUGAAUAUUGAGAUCCUUCAUGAUUCUACUGUGAGAAAUCCUGACGGAAUCGCCGUUGACUGGAUCGCUGGAAAUCUCUACUGGUGUGACAAAACCACGGACUCCAUUGAAGUCUCGAGAUUGGAUGGAAGAUAUCGCAAAGUCCUCGUCCGAGAAGGUCUUCAGGAGCCAAGAGCACUAGAAGUCUUUCCACAGAAGGGACUACUUUUUUACACUGACUGGGGUGAUAAGGCUCAUCUCAGUCGUAUUAAUAUGGAUGGUACAAAUCCUGUGAAAAUAGUUACGGAGGACUUAAGCUGGCCGAAUGCACUAACGAUCGAUUAUGUGGCUGAGAAGCUUUUCUGGGCAGACGCGAGCUUGGACUAUAUUGCCAUGGCGGACUUAGAUGGCGCAAACAAGAAGGUGGUUGUCUCGCAGAGCCUCCCGCAUGUGUUCGCAAUCACGACGUUCGGCAGUUACCUCUUCUGGACGGACUGGGAGACACAGUCUAUCUAUCGAGCGAGGAAGUUUACAGGAGAGAAUGUCACCAUGGUAGCGCACUUGAUCCAUCGGCCAAUGGACAUCCAGAUUUAUCAUCCACUAAGGAGAACUCCAUUGAAAGGCUCGGCCAAUCCGUGUGAGAAUAACGGAGGCUGCGGGAAUUUGUGCUUGCUGCGGCCUGGCAAAGAUGGCCAACUCGAGAAAACCUGUGCAUGUCCAGAAAAUCACGACCUGGCCUACGACAAUUCUACCUGUAUUGCAAAUUGCACAAGCGCCCAGGUUCUCUGUGACAAGACCUACAAGUGUAUCCCGUUCUGGUGGCAAUGUGACGGCCAUCAAGACUGUGAAGAUGGAUCUGAUGAAGUUGGAUGUGGUAAAUACUAUUGCAGUCAGGCUGGGCUGUACCAGUGUAAGAACGCCACGUCAGACAUUGACUGUCUACCACCUACACAGAUUUGUGACGGCAAACCCCAGUGUCCCAGUCGCUCCGAUGAGGAAGACUGUAAAAAUUACCAUUGUAUGCAUAACCAGUACAAAUGCUCUAGUGCCCCCUACCAGUGCAUCGCCAAAGUUCUCAAAUGUGACGGAAACACAGAUUGUACGAACGGAGAGGACGAGGCAGAUUGUCCACACAUCACAUGUGCUCCUAAUCAGUUUGGGUGCCAGAACGGUCGAUGUGUGCCGUACGUCUGGCGCUGCGACCUUGACGACGAUUGUGGCGAUGCAUCCGAUGAACCGCAAAACUGCACAGACCUUGAGUGUCUGGAAGGCUACCUAAAGUGCGGCAAAACAGGGCGCUGUAUACCGCAAUCAUGGCAGUGUGACGGCGACAAUGACUGUGGACCAGAAGAUAUUACGGAUGAAGAUCCCAGACUUUGCAGUAAUGUGACUUGCCAGCCAUCCUAUUUCCAGUGCGACAACAACCGGUGCAUCCCUAACCGCUGGACCUGUGACUACGAUGACGAUUGUAGAGACGGAUCAGAUGAAAAGGCUAACUGCACUGCCAGGAAUUGUUCAGAGAGUGAGAAACGCUGUGACAACGAGAAGUGUAUCCAGGGACACCUGUGGUGUAAUGGUGUGGCUAACUGUGAUGAUGGCAGCGACGAAGUCAACUGCACAAACACAGACUGUGACCCAGAAAGUCAGUUUAAGUGCGAAUCUGUCUCGCAUUGUAUACCUUUGGCCUGGAAGUGCGAUGGUGAUCGGGACUGCGCUGAUGGCUCAGACGAGAAGGGAUGUGGGAACCGAGACUGUUCGCCUGGGGAUUUCCGUUGUAAGAACUCAGGCUGUCGACCGAUGGCAUGGCGUUGUGAUGGUGAUAACGAUUGCGAUGAUGCAUCUGAUGAAGAUUACAAUAUGUGUGCAAAUGUUACUUGUCCUCCGGGCCGUUUCCGUUGCGGAAAUCACAAGUGUAUUUGGUGGGCACGAGUUUGCGAUGGCGAGGAUUCCUGCGGGGACAAUUCUGACGAGAAAGACUGUUUUAAGAAUCCACCUGUGCAUUGCAAGGAUUCUGACUUCCGAUGCUUAAAUGGAGCAAAGUGUGUUCCGUUUGCACGUGUUUGUGACGGUAACUCUGACUGUGACGACACAUCAGAUGAGGCUGAACCCAUGUGCAAAAUGCGGAACAGGACUUGCACACCGACAAGUUGUGAGUACAAUUGCACUCAGCUGGAUUAUGGGAUUCGAUGUGAAUGUCACCUAGGUUACAAGCUUGCAGAGGAUGGUAGAAAUUGUGAAGAUAACAAUGAGUGUGAGCAAUUCGAUACUUGCUCUCAGAUCUGCGUGAAUUUCCCAGGGACAUACAAAUGUAAAUGUGAUGAGGGUUAUCAGCAGGGGAUGAAAACAGGCUACAGGAAACAGUGUGUAGCUAAGGGCAAAGCUGCUUACAUGCUGAUAGCUGUGGAAGAUCAACUGAAGAAGAUCAAUGUGGUGAAAAACAGCCCACAGCUUGAUCUGCUUGAGAUGUUGAAGGAGGAGAAGCCUCAGAGGAUAGAUUCAGUGGCAGUGGAUAUAAAAGAGUUAAAGGCUUUCAUAGUCAGUCAUGAGGACAGACAGAUACGAACCUUGACAAUCCCUGAUAUCACCAAAAAUGUGGCACUGAAACAGGAACGCACGAAACGAAAGGCAGCCCAGCCAUCAAGACAUGCCUUACCGCUGAAGAACUUACAAGAACCUCGUGGUAUUGCUGUGGACUGGGUGAACAAGAACUUCUAUUGGACGGAUGCAGCCAGCCAGACAAUCUCAUUGGCUGAUUAUGACGGAAAGCGACAGAUAACAAUUAUCUCCACUCACUUGGGCGAACCUUUUGCUAUUGCGGUCGACCCUCUUGCAGGGAAAAUCUUUUGGACUGAUCGCGGAUUGUUUGCCAAACUAGAGAGUGCAAACUUGGAUGGAAGCAGCCGUAAAGUACUGGUUGACAAGAACAUACUGUGGCCAGUGGGAUUGGCCAUCGACUACCCGGCACAGAGACUGUACUGGACUGAUGCGAAGGCAUAUACCGUGGAAUCUAUCAAGCUGGACGGAACUGGCAGGCAUCUUGUUAGGGCCAUCAAGGCCUCCGACCCGCCUUACAUGAUUGACGUGUUCGAGGAUAAGCUGUACCUGACGACCUCCAAGAAACACACGGUAGUGAUGAUGAGUAAGUUUGGCAAGGAUGACAACCACACGUUGGUGGAGAAGCUGGAACACAUCGGCGCUGUUCUCAUCGUACAGGAGAUUCGCCAGAAGCAGAUCAACCAAUCCAUGGACUUGUGUGCUUCUAAGAAGUGUGGUGACGGACUCUGUAUCAAUUCACCCUCCUCCUCUAAGGGCUACACCUGUCUUUGCCCAGAUGGGGCCACAUGGCACAACAUGACUAAGCGCUGUGAGUUCCAGACCCCGGCUGGACCCCACUGUGAGCCGGGGUACUGUAUGUUUGAUGGAACCUGCUCCAUUGGCGAGGACAAGAAGCGAAAGUGCGAAUGUAAGCCUGGUUACCAAGGUGACAGAUGCCAAGAUUACAAGUGUCACAAUUACUGUGAGAACUUUGGCUUCUGUUUUAUUGACAGACACGGACAACCACAUUGCAGCUGUGUUGACGUAUACGGAGGAAAGAAAUGCGAAAUAAACUUGUGCAAGGGAUUUCAAUGUCAGAAUGGAGGGACAUGUGCAUUAAAGGGAAGGAACAUCAAACACUGCAAAUGCCCUCAGGGAUUUAAAGGUCGGCACUGCGAGCUCUGUGACAUGGUGUGUUACAAUGGUGGCACAUGUAAGGUUAACCCAUCUACGGGCAAACCCACCUGUAAAUGCGUCCCCGGCUACUACCCCAACUACCAGUGCAAGCGCGGCGCAUGCGACGACCACCCCUGCCAACACGACGGUGAAUGCUUCAUCAGAGAUGGCUACCCACAGUGCAAAUGCUUCCCACCUUACCACGGGUCUCUCUGCGAAAUCUCCCCCUGUCGAAACCACUGCUUGAACAAAGGGGUCUGUUCUAACUGCCUUGUGCUAAAGGGAAAGGUUCCUAUCUGCACCUCUUGCAGUUGCCCAAGAGACUUCACCGGCAAGCAGUGUGAAAAUAAGAUAAAAUCUGAAUCAUCUAAUCAGACGAGUACAGGUGCCAUCAGUGUUGUCGUCCCAGUUGUGAUCUGUUUGAUCAUCCUUCUGGGAUUAUUAGCCACAUUUUUAUACAGAAAAAGAAAAUCAUUACACCGACAGUUCAAACAUCGGAGAAUUCAAGACAACAGUAAUGUUGAAAUAAAUAACCCGAUAUAUUUGCCUGGGGAUUAUGAUGACGACCCUGAACCCGAGGCAGAUGAGAGACAGCCCUUAGGGGAUACAUAUCAGUUUGAGCAAGAUAAGUCUACAAACUUUGCCAAUCCAAUGUACGACACGUUAUACACAGAAACUAGUCAGGGCCUGGUGCCUGCUAACAAGGCCGAGAAAAACCAGCUAUUGGAUGACAGCCUCAAGGUGCGUUACUAUAGUAACGGUGGCAAGAGAUCGGGGAACAAUUCUUACGCCUGAUUGAGAUGAUACAAGGUUGACAUGUUCCUCAAAAAUGCUGCUGACAAAGAAUUACAAAGAAAGAAGAGAAGACAUUAUCCAUUUAUAUACGUAAGUUUUAUACACCCAGAUGACAAUCAAGAGACAAAAACAAACAAACAAAACAAGCAAACAGAGGAUGCAGACUUUUGUGUCGUCCAUUAUGAUUGGCUGAACAGGAUGUGAAUUGGGCUCUUCAAGUGUCGGAAGUAGCGAUUGGUCACUGGACCGGCUUUUUUAUCCUGUGCAGGCAUUGGCUGCUACAAGGCGGCCUCCUUCAUACCCAUCUGCCAUUGGAGAAUUUCCUUACAGUUUUGUGUUGUGGACUGUAAUUGGCUGCCUGGAAUGUGUUUUUGCCAGCCAUCCUCUGUGAUGAAGGCAGUGAUUGGCUACUUCUGCUGUGUGUGUUUGACCAGUGUUUGUCUUUCAUGAAGGUUGUGAGUGAUUUGAUUGGUGAAAAGCCAGUUGUACACUGGAUGUCAAAGAGGUCAUUGUAUGAACAGUAGGUAGCCAAUGAGAGAAGGACAUGUGACAGUGUUACGUUUGUGUUCUGUUCAUCAUUACUGAGAAUUCGUCCGAAAAAAAAAAAACAGAUUACAACACACAAGAACUUUUCAGGCACAAAGUCUGGAGCCCGUUAUUUUGUAUUAAAAAUGAUUUACAAUGUCGUUAUAAAACAUCAUUUUGUAGAUAUGCAUUCUUAUGUGCAGUAUGGGUGUGGAUGUUGUUGUUGUUGUUGCCGUUGUUGUGAACAUGCUUAUGUAUAUCCGGCUGGAAUUGCCCAAAUUGAGACAUUAUGGAAAACCCAGUACAUUGUAAAGGACCCUGUAAGUUAUGAUCGUAAUUGUUCUUUGUUAAAGGGUGUACAGAUUGUAGUCCACCUCUGCCAGGAUAUUUUCACAUCUGCGUGGGAAAGUAUAUGAGCUGCAGAUCUAGUGCGGCUUGACAGUGUUUCUGUUCACGAACUUUUUGAGCCAAUUUCAAUAAGCCAAUACUUCAGUCAAAAUCUGAGAAAUAAUUUUAGAGCUUUGUGAUGAGAUUUUUAAUGCUGAAAUAAGUCAGAAAUGGCUUUGUGGAAUCAGCCUUGAUGCUUUUCUCACCCCAAAAAAGUGUGCAUUCUGUUUCAGACUUAAGUCUUGACUUCAUCUUCGAAUUCAAGAAUGACUUGUAAAAAUUGUUCAUCGUUUCCCCUUGAAUCUGAGAAUGACUUAAGACUUCAGUUUCUGCAAGCAUGAAAACAUAUAUCCGUUGAAGGAGGAAAUGGCCAAUCAAAUCCUAGGAUGAAAAACCGUGCUUAUUGAUUGGAUGAUUUAAGCUAUCUAAUUGGAUUGAUUACUCCCAUUGGUCAGUUGGCAAAAGAAUUUAGGGUUGUGUGGUUACAACACGUUUUUUUUUCUUUCAGAAAAGCCCUUGACAAGUUUGUAUAUUUUUGUGUGUCAAUAAAUGCUACCACUGUUAGGUUAAUAAUAUUAUUAUUAAUAAUAAUAUGCUGCAGAUAGAUUUUUAUCAAAUGUGGAAAUAUUUAAAAAAAUAUUAUUUGAUAGAUGAGGUAUAAUUGUACAUUUUUUUGUUUUAAUUAUGACUCGGAGUAGGCUUUUAAAGUUUUCCGAGAUUGAAGUGUGAAAAUGUAAGCUGUGUACAGAUCAGUCUUAAGAUUUGUUUAUCUUAGUGUAUAAUUUUCUACUUUACCUUCUAUUCUUUCUCGUCUUCAUUCCAUAUCUUUUGUGAUCGUUUGUUGACAUCUUACUAAUCAACACAUUGUCUUAAGCAUUCAUAUUUUUAUCCUUUACAACAUGAUUCUUGUAUGAUGCUGAGUAGCUUUCAAGCAAUAUUUCAUGGUUCAUUGUUGUUGUCAUAAUCAAUAAUGUUAGAUAAUAAUAAUUCUAUGUAGGCUGGCAAUGUUCCUUCAUUACACCAGAUUUGUGGUCAAAGAGACAAAAGAAAGGAGAGCAUGUCAGUAACAGUAAGGCCAAAUAACACUUUUAAUCGAGAUUUGCAGGUUAUUUGAUAGGCUCGUGUUCACGCAUCCUAUCAUUUUCAAUUUAAUACAUGAAUUAUAUCCUGAAAGGAGAGAAAAUUGCACAUCUUUUAUAAUUGUAAUGGAUAGAAAGCCUAUUCAUGUCUCUAGGUUGGUUGUUGGUGGCAGAAGUUGCAUUUCAUGUCAUCUUAAAUCAAGUACAGUUGCUCUUAUACUUUACGGUUAAAUUAACAGUGAAACUCCAAACACAUGUAAAAUGUCUUCCAGCUGCUGUAGAAACUUUUAGGUUGAGCGUUUUGCCAAUGCUUGCUUAUAAAAGCUGUACAAAUAUAUGGGAGUGAUUUAUUAUGUGAAACAGUUGCAACUACCCUAAUUCUUCUAAAAUUUGUGACAGAUAUUAGUAGUGUUGAAAGUAGAAUAUUGCAUUUCUUUUUCAGUCUUCUGGAAAAGCAAAGGUAUGAGUAUGUUGUUCAUUAGAUGGUGUAACCAUGUGAGAGAAAAAAACUCAAUAUUCCUGUUAGAAUUACAUACAUAUUGGCUAAAAUGAGCAGACCAGGUGUCCCGAAUUUUAGAAGAAAUAGGGUAACACUGACAAGUACAGUUUCAGUGGUAGUGGCCGUUUAUCCCAGUCAUCGUAGAGAAAGACAGUUGUCAUUUUUUUUUUUACUGUAUGCUGCUGCUUUUUUUUUAAAGACCUCCAUUGUAAAUUUUUACAUACGUACACAAUCCACCGAGUUCUUUAUAAAACCGCACAACAACCAAGCCAUUGUUGAAGCUUUGAUGUGUUUCAAGGAGAAGUUGUCUUCCAGCACUGAAUGAGAGUCAAUCCACUUGUGCAUAAAAGCUCCUUUUGCUUGGCAAGGCAGUUUUAUCUCCCCUUCUGAAAUUCAUGUUUGCUUUUUCCAACUGAAAACGUAAAAC